GGUUUGUGUUGCCAUGAGUACAGGGAAGCAACAGGGGAACAGAACUGCAGUAACACGCUUCCUCCGGAGCUGAAUAAUUCAGAAUGGGAGGAUAAGGCUUUCUCGUUAUGAUAUGUCUGUCUCUUUCUCUCACACUGCAGGUUUCAUUUGGAUGUAUUUCUGAGGUGGACCCGAGAAGACCAAAAAGAUUAACCCUGCUCUGAGAGUUAUCGUUCUUUGUGUGCAUGUUUACAGAGACAAUAAUAGAAAAAAAAAAUUGCAAAAUGGUUCUACCUUUUGAUCACAAAAUUGUUAAAAUGGAGCUAUCACAAUGACAAGCCCUCCAGACUGAAGAGACGCUGCCUCUCUCUCUAACACACAGGCCACCAGAUGUUUGAGGGGAUUGUCGUCCACCAAUGGCUGUGCUGUGGAGCUCUCUUCCUGUUGGCAGCGGGGGUGGCCUUCUCCUCUGAAACCCGCCGGUCGUGUCCACAGCCCUGCCGCUGCAACACCGUGCUGCAGGAGGUCAACUGCUCCGAUGGACAACUCACUACAGUGCCCAACAUUCUCCCGCAGAACACUAAAAUACUAAACUUGACACAUAAUAAGAUCAAGUCUCUGGUGCAGCAGCAGUUCCAGACUUUGACACAACUUUUAGACUUAGAUUUGAAUGACAAUAUCAUGGUUUUAAUUGAGGUGGAAGCAUUUAUCGGCUUGCAAAGUCUAAUAACUCUGCGUCUUGCUCACAACCACCUAAAGAUUAUCCAUGUGGGGGCGUUUGACGGUUUGCCAAAACUAAAGUUACUGGACAUAAGCAGAAAUGAGAUCCUUGUUUUUCUCGAUUUUACUUUCCGUGACUUAACUGCCCUUCAGUUUAUUAUAGCAGCAGAUAAUGACGUAGUUUUUAUUUCUCGUCGAGCUUUCACUGGCUUAACCAGUUUGCAAGAGCUGCAUCUCGAUGGCUGCAACCUCACUGCCGUGCCGACAGAGGCGCUCACUCAGCUUGGCGAGCUGAGGAGUCUUCAUUUUCACAGAUUGGGCCUCACAACGCUGCCAAACUACGCUUUCCGUCAGCUAGAGCAUCUCAAGGAACUUGUCAUUUCUCAAUGCUGUCUGGAGAAUCUGUCAGGAAACAGUCUCUUUGGAUUAAAUCUUACAUCCCUGACUAUUAGAAACUGCAACCUCAGUGCUGUCCCCUACACCCCUUUGCAUCAUCUUGUAUAUCUUGUAUUCCUAGACCUUUCUUUUAACCCAAUUACAUUCAUUUAUGGUAACCUUUUUGGAGAGUUGCUCCGGCUCCAGGAACUCCAUUUGGUGGGGGGGUCAUUGCUGCGUAUCGAUAUUGGAGCAUUCAGAGGUUUGGCUCAUUUCAGACUUCUGAAUGUAUCCAGAAACCUUCUCACCACACUUGAGGUGGGAGCCUUCCAUUCAGUGGACACCCUGAGAAAUCUGGGACUAGACAACAACCCACUAGCAUGCGACUGCCGCCUGCUGUGGGUGGUGCGAAGGCGACCAUAUCUGGAGUUUGGCGGAAAUCCACCGACUUGCAGAACCUCAGUGCAGUUGCAGGGUUGGUAUUUUCUGGACUUUACUGAAGCUGAACUCCCAGGUCUGCUCACAUGUCGGCAGCCUCGUAUUCUGAACCACAAACCUCAAGAAGUGAGAGUAGAUCAAGGACACACAAUGGUGUUUGAAUGCAAUGCAGAAGGGGACCCUGUGCCAUCGGUCACCUGGAUAAGCCCACAGCUAAAACCUCUAUCGCCCAUUGGCAGAAUACGGGCUCUCUCUAAUGGCUCGCUGGAGGUUCGCUAUGCCCAACCUAUGGACAGUGGUGCUUAUUUCUGUGUGGCAUCUAACGCGGCAGGAAAUGACAGCAUGCCCGUCAGCCUUCAUGUCCGAGCCUUUCCAGCAUCUUCCAAAAAAAACCUCCGUCUUAAAGGCUGGUUUGCCUUUCCGUCCGCCUCGCCAGGUGUGAGUGGAGACCAGAAUAUCUCAUUUGAUGUAAAGACGUUACUGGUAGCUGCAACCAUUGGAUUUCUUUCAUUCUUCAGCUCUGUGAGUGUAUGUUUCAUCUUCAUGCUCUUCUGGAGUAAGAGUAAAGGGCAAAUAAAGCACACAGCCACAAUAGCAUACGUGCCACGAAGUGCUGAGUCAAGUAAUAACGGAGGGAAAGGCAACUAUAUGGAGACAAGCAGGUUCACCAUGAAACUAAUAUGAGUCAAUAAAAGGUUUUUAUUUUGCUUGAUUAGAUUACGUUUUAAUUAAUUUAAUUUCAAAGCAUGCAAAUGUAUGUCCAACACACACUGAGUGUUAAUUACUCCGUAAGCAUGUAAGCUAGAGCUGCAAAAGGGAAAAAAGUAAAAUGUGCUGGCAUGAUUCUAGAUGUUAAUAAGAGUCUAAGUAACGUUUUAGGAACAUCUAACCACAUCAGUUCCUGUCUGUCUCUGACACAAAAGCUCCACUAUAACAAACCCUGAAUGUAAACCAACCAAAGUAAGAAAGAUGUAAUUUGCAUAUUGCAUUUGCUGUAGAGAUGUUGAUUAUUCAGUUAAUUGCAUGUUGAUUAUAUUGCUUUGUUGAUGUUUAUGUAUGGCAACAAUUUAAAAAUGUUAGUUUUGUUCAUUUGGUUUCCGAAGAACAAGCGAUAUGGUUUCUAAAGAACAAGUGAAAUAAUUAUGAUGGACGUCAGAUGUACACAAUACUUGCAUCUAUAUUGCCUGCCAUUCAAACUCAAUUUGGUUAUAUACUGUGCUGGUAUUCUAAUAUUGUCACAUUUACUGCUGUACUCAUUAUUAAUAGAUGUAUAUCCCACACAUAUAUUAAAGAAUUCUUUAAAUUCCCAAAAUAAAGCACACAUCAAAUUAAAUUAUUGUGCUGAUUUUUGUUGUGGUUAUUAAAUGGUUAUUGGUCAAAAUGUACAAAGGAAUAAUCAGAUGCCUAAAGCAUCAUGUUUGCUUUGUACAAUUCUUAAUAAACAAAAUAUGAAUGUAAAAAAAAUCAAUCACCAACUUAAUAUGAAAUAAAGCAUGAAUAUAGUGAGUGAUAUUUCCAGAAUGUUCGUAUACAUUUAUAAGAGGCAGAUUCUUAAAGGGCUUAUGCUAUAUGGGACGGCCAGGACCAUCGAGGAGUUUGAGCUUCUGUCCUUAGGAUGUCGUAAUAGGCCCCCAACAGGAGAACAAAGAAAUGAUACAUCUCCUCUCCCUGUGCUGUUUCAUCCUUAGUGAUUUUAAUUUGCUUAAUAGCAUAUGUACCCGGGCUGCAGUCCUUGUACAUUUGCAUUAUUUGUAUUUGUACUUUUAUGAAUUUACAUUUCCCAGCUUUAGCUCUGCACUUUAUCGUGUUGAUGUGUCACUGAUGUUGUGCUUUCAAACAGAAUAAAUCAUUUCUAUUAACAC